AUGUCAAACCUUAUAUCUGGAAGUGGUAAGCGAAGAGUUAAAAGAACGUAUGAAGUUACCAGUAAAGCUGGUAGCAUGUUAAAUGCCGAACCAUCUUUUCCGGUAAGUAGGACAGAAGAGGACGAGGAAGCUGAAGACGAGAGCUCUACACCUUCAGAGCCAAAACGAUCACGCUAUGACCCGAAUAAAAGUUUUAUAUCUACCAAACAAGGUUCGAUGAAUUAUGCGGCCCAAGGGAAAGAACUGGCUGAAUCAGAAGGGAAGGCUUUCAAGUAUGGUGGGCAGACUUCGUCAGAGGAUGAGGUUCCUUCGAAAGGAGAUAAGUUACAUCUUACUCAUAAUCAAGCCAAAGACGUAUCUGUCAAUGGUUGGAAAGAAGGAACAAAUGCAAGUGGCAAGGCAGAAGUUAUACAUAAACGAACGAAUGCUAAGGAGAGUUAUAAAAUAAACAGACAACAAAUGUGGGAGGAACAACAACUGCGGAAUGCUAUGGCCAAAAAAAACGAUCACCCUGAUAAUAUUGUAGUGGAGGGAUCUGACAAGUAUGAUUAUGUCUUCGAUUCAGAUGCAGUAAUUGAUUAUACCAAUGAUGACGAUGAUUUACUACCUGAAGAAAAACUGCAAUAUGAAACACGUUUAGCAGAGGCGCUAGAAACUGAAGAAACCCGUAUAUGUACCAUACAAGAGACAAGGAAACUGCUGCCCGUAUACCAAUAUAAAGAUGAGUUACUUAAGGAGAUUGAAAAACACCAAGUGCUGAUUAUAAUGGGUGAAACUGGUUCAGGUAAGACUACACAGUUGCCUCAAUAUCUUGUGGAUGAUGGCUACACCAAACAGGGAGAAUUCCAAAUCGCCGUAACACAACCACGUCGUGUAGCAGCCACUUCUGUUGCGGCAAGAGUGGCUGAUGAAAUGAAUGUUGUACUUGGUAAAGAAGUGGGUUAUCAGAUUCGUUUUGAAGAUAGGACAACUCCAAAUAAGACAAUUCUGAAGUAUAUGACAGAUGGUAUGCUAUUGAGAGAAUUUCUUGCAGAUUCCAAAUUAAGCAAAUAUUCUUGCAUUAUGAUUGAUGAAGCUCAUGAGCGUACCUUAGCUACAGAUAUCUUGAUAGGUUUGUUGAAAGAGAUUUUGCCGCAAAGGCCUGCUUUGAAGUUAUUGAUUUCAUCUGCAACAAUGAAUGCAAAGAAAUUCUCGGAAUUUUUCGAUCAUUGUCCCAUUUUCAAUGUUCCUGGGAGAAGAUAUCCUGUAGAUAUUCACUACACUUUACAACCGGAGGCAAAUUAUAUACAUGCCGCUAUAACAACCAUUUUUCAAAUCCACACAACGCAAGCCUUGCCGGGGGAUAUACUGGUGUUUCUUACGGGGCAGGAAGAGAUUGAAAAAACAAAGGUCAAGCUAGAGGAAAUCAUGUCUAAAUUAGGUUCUCGAACAAAACAAAUGCUUAUAACACCUAUAUAUGCGAAUCUGCCUCAAGAGCAACAAUCGAAAAUCUUCCAGCGGACCCCAGAAAACUGCAGGAAGGUUGUUUUGGCAACUAAUAUUGCAGAAACCUCGCUGACUAUUGAUGGUAUCAAAUACGUCAUUGAUCCUGGAUUUGUCAAGGAAAAUUCAUACGUACCUUCUACGGGGAUGACUCAACUUUUGACGGUACCAUGCUCGAAAGCUUCGGUUGAUCAACGUGCCGGUAGGGCCGGUCGUGUAGGGCCCGGCAAAUGCUUUAGGAUUUUUACCAAAUGGUCAUAUUUGCAUGAAUUAGAACUCAUGCCCAAGCCUGAGAUCACAAGAACAAAUCUUUCUAACACUGUGUUGCUAUUAUUAUCACUUGGUGUUACUGAUCUGAUAAAGUUUCCUUUAAUGGAUAAACCAAGCAUUCCAACAUUAAGGAAGUCUUUGGAGAAUUUAUACAUCUUAGGUGCUUUAAAUAGCAAAGGGGCCAUAACUUACCUAGGUAAAAUGAUGUGUGAGUUUCCCUGUGAACCUGAAUUUGCAAAAGUGCUUUAUACGGCCGCCACACAUGAACAAUGUCAAGGCGUAUUAGAAGAGUGUUUGACUAUUGUUUCGAUGUUACAUGAAACAUCUUCGUUAUUUAUUGGCCAAAAAAAGGAAGCUGCGGCAUGUGUAACAAGUGGAGUGGAAAGUGAUCACAUGUUGUAUUUGGAGAUUUUCAAUCAGUGGAGAAACUCCAAAUUUUCGAGGAGUUGGUGUCAAGACAACAAAAUUCAAUUCAAGACGAUGUCAAGGGUAAGGAACAUUAGAAACCAACUAUUUAGGUGUAGUGAAAAGGUUGGCUUAGUUGAAAGGAAUGAACAAGCUAGAAAGAAGUCAGGUAACACAGCGGCCUAUGUAAAUGGCAAAAUAACCCGAUGCUUCAUCAGUGGGUUUCCAAUGAAUGUUGUACAGUUGGGGGCCACUGGAUAUCGCACCAUGGGCAAAUCAUCCGGCGGGCUAAACGUCAAUGUUCAUCCUUCAAGCAUACUUUUUGCUAACUAUAAAGAGAAGUCACAGAGACCAUGCAAGUAUGUGCUUUAUCAACAACUGAUGUUGACAUCGAAGGAAUUUAUCAGGGACUGCCUGGUUGUUCCCAAGGAAGAAUUGUUAAUAGAGAUGGUUCCGCAAGUCUUUGAAGGCUUAAUCGGAGAUAAAACAAACAGAAGGAGAGAAUGA